AUGCCGAAGUCGUGCGCGGCCCGCCACUGCUGCAACCGGUCCAGCAGCCGCACGAAGCAGCUCACCUUCCACCGGUUUCCGUUCAGCCGCCCAGAGCUGUUGAAGGAAUGGUUAUUGAACAUCGGCAGGGGCAACUUCAAACCCAAGCAGCACACCGUCAUCUGCUCCGAGCACUUCAAACCCGAGUGCUUCAGCGCCUUCGGAAACCGCAAGAACCUGAAGCAGAAUGCAGUGCCCACGGUGUUUGCUUUUCGGGAGGCUGUACAGGUGGCAGACUUCCCAACUGCAGCGGCUGAGAGCAGAGGGAGCACCACCGGAAAGGAUGUGGAAAUUGCAUUUUGUGAAGAGCGACAGUUGCUUACUGGUGCUGAGGCCCCUGCCAAUGAGGCCUUUCUCUGCGGAGCCACUGAAGUGGCACCUCGCCUCCCGCCUCUUAGACCCGCUGAGGCAAGAGAUUCAGCCCCAGUUCAGACUGCAGAUCAUAGCUACGCCCUCUCGGACUGCGAGUCGCUCAAAAGGAAGUUCCUCCUCACACUGGAGGAGAAUGAGAGGCUUCGGAGGCGUUUGAAGGUGCAGAGGCAGGAGGUCCGGAGACUGACCAGCUGCCUGAGGGCCUGCAGCUGCCUCGGGGCCCGCAAGAAGCAGCGGCCGCUGCCGCCGGGGCGGAGGAGGAGACCGCAGGCCCGAGGGCCGCCCGGGAAGCGGACACUGCGGGCCCCGGAGCGGCCCAGGACCGGAACCUAGCCUGAAGCCCCCGAUCUCUCUCUCCAGUCAGUCUGUCGUAUUUAUUGAGCACUUACCGUGUGCAGAGCACUGUAGUAAGCACUUGGGAGAGUACAGUGUAAGAGAGGCGCUCCUCCUUCAACUCACCUCUGCCCUGAGGGAGUGGAGGCAGAGAGGAGAGAAGAGGCAAGGGAGGGAUGGGAGCAGGGAGGCCGUCCAGACCGGGUUGACCCCCUGGAAGUCGGAGAGGGAAGGAGGCCGAAGUCUGCAGAGUCGGAGAGGAUGAGGCCCAGGGGGCAGAAUCCGUGAUGUGUAAGUGGGCGCUGAGAUCGAGAGGGGUGGCGGACAAAAGCCUCUGGUCCGGGGCCAGCCUGCCCCGGUGCCUGUUGGGUUUCGCCUGGGGGUUGAGCGCCUGUUCCGAUUUGAACAGGGGGCGAGGAGCAGAUGCGGGCGGGGGCGGAGAUACCAUUCACUCCCUUUCCCAAGAUGGAGACUGGGGCUUCAAAUCAGGUGGCACCCGUGGGAUUGGGCAGGGGCUGAAGAAGCCACUUUUCUCCAAGUCUAGGAGAGAUUGAAACGUUUCCCGGAUCCAUUCCUUUCCCUCAACAGCUGCCUUCCUCCGGUUCGGGCCCUUAUCCUGUGCCUGUGAUGGUCACACUGACUACCAUUCCAGCCCCUUCACCGUUCACGCCAUACUCCGCAUUGUUGCCCAGAUGAUCUUCCCAAAACAUUAUGCUGCACAGCUCCCCAACACCUUGAUAUCCCCUACUUUCCACCUAACUUCC